ACACAUUUUUUCCACAAAACAAAAAAGAGAGCGCCAAACCAAAUUUCCUCGUCUUUGGAAACCAAUUAAAAAACCCGAACCGAAUAGAUACAAAACCCAAAUAAUAUUCGGAUCUUUCAAAUAAAUCUAAACCAUCCAAUCUUUAAUCCAACGGCUUCAAUCAGUCGGCUUAGUAGUUACCUUAGGGAAGUGGUUUUGUCAUCAUCAUAAACCCUAGCCCCGCCCCCACGAUAGAGAUUGAUUAAAAUCAUAGACAUCACUCUUCUUUCUUCAACUGACUCCCUCUCUGCAACAAUUUCGAUCAAACCCUAAAUCUCUGCAAAAAAAGGAAUUAAAAUUAAACCCUUUUACUCUCUUCGUAAGGAGUUUUUUUUAUUUUUUUUGCGCAGAUUCUUAAGUUUUUGUUGGGAUUUUUAGGUUUUAGUCUCUGGAUUUAUAUGGGUUUGUUUUAAUUUUUGAUUUUAUUAACUGUAGUUUAUAUGGGUCCGGAUCAUCCGAGUUGUGUCGGUCUUUUUAACUCAGUGAGUUUGUCUGUUUUUUAGAUCUAGCAAAACAGAUGGCGUGUUCUUGAGCGAUUCUUCUGUUUUCCCUUUUAUGUUGGUGUUUAGACUCGGUACUAUUGUUGUUAUUAUCACUCGAUUUUGGAGAAACUCGGUGAGUUGAAACGGAAGUUAACUAGGUGACUCAGUGGGUCAAGGAAACGAGUCAAUAGCGACAAGAAUGCCGUCGGUCGGGAUGCGACGAACCACCAGGGUAUUCGGGGUGGUGAAAGGUGCGGAUGGUGCGCGGGUUUUACGGUCAGGGAGAAGAAUUUGGCCAGAAUCGGGUGAAAACAAGUUGAAUAGGAGAGGUAAUAAUAACGAUGGAGAUGACUGGUUACACAACAUGAUCAAGUGUAGUAGUAAUAAGGACAAUGGUUGGACCACUCAGACCAACAGUACCAAAUUACAAACCAAAACCAAUGUUUCUAAGUUGAAGAAAGUGAGAGAUACUCAUAGUUGUGUUGGUGUUAGCAUUGGCUGCAGCAAAGUAACUAAGAAAAAGAAAGAUGACAGUAGAAACAAGAUGUUUGGUCUGGUGUAUAGCAGAAAAAGGAGGAGAAUUGAUACUGUUGGUGGUGUAAAGCAAGAUAAUUUGGAUAGUAUUAGUAGGGAUAAUAAGAUGUUUGGUAUUCAUUUUUCGCGUAGGCAGAGGAGGCGGUUGGCGGUGAAGGAUGAUUCUGAUUGUUUUGAGCCUGCAGCUCUCAGUGUUGUUAUUGAUCAUGAUGGUGCUUCUUGUACUAGGGAUACUGGAUUAGGAUUAUUAUCGUCUUUUUUACAUUUGGUUUUGGGUUGUAUGAGAAAAAGUAAUUUAAGUGUUCCUCAGCUUGCGGCUUUUUUGCUGACGGAUUCUGUAUGUUGUGCUUUUGCUUCGUGUGGAAUUCGUUUUUUGCAGGACACACCUGCUAAUAGAACUGGAGUUUGCAAGAUUUUUCGGGUUGAGAGUACUGUGCCCGUGUUUUCUUUGGAUUUUCCUGCAGCUCCUUUCUGUUUUAUGUAUAUGCACCUUAGAUUAGCCUUUAUAUUUAAGUGUCUGUCGCUUGAUCCUGUAAAUAACUCGCUGGAGGAGGACUCUUAUGAUGAAAUGAUGAGUGAGAGUGUCUCUUCUAGCCUAGUGGAAACAGACACUUUGCUGCAAACCGAUAUUUCUGGGAAUAAGGUUUCCUUACAUCCAUCUGUGAGAGCUUCCAAAUUAUCUGGCAGGCAUGGUCAAUAUAGAAAUUUAUUAAAUUCCCGUGGUAUUCAAAAGAGGAGGACUUCAUUUAGGAGGAAUAGAGCUAGAAAUCUUUCAGUGGUCGGCAAUAGAGCUAAUGGUGCUUUAGUUUCUGAUUUAAUUAGUAGUAGGAAAAAGGGCAUCCCUUUCUCUUCUGUGGUUUCAAAGGACAAGCUUAGGAGAUCGGCGAGGAUCAACCCUGCUGAAAACCUCAAAGAAGCAAGUCCUGCCCGUCCCAUGGACUCAUUCAGUUGCUCUACAAAUCUACUGGUUAUUGAAUCAGAUAGAUGUUACAGGAUGGUGGGGGCCACUGUUACGUUAGAAGUAUCCGAUUUAAAUGAGUGGGUACUUGCAUUUAAGAUGAAUGGGUUGAUCAAAUACUCGCACUUGGCACAAACGAGCAUGCGGCCCUGUUCUUUUAAUCGAAUCACUCAUGAUGUAAUAUGGUCCGGGGAUGAAAAUUGGAAACUAGAGUUUCCUGACCGACAACAUUGGCUUAUUUUCAAGGAUCUUUAUAAGAAAUGCUCUGAUCGUAAUGUGCUUACUCUUGCUUCUAAGGCUAUUCCCAUACCUGGUGUGUGCGAAGUUUCAGGAUACGAGUAUAGCUGCAGUUUGCCUUUUUUCAGAACAGAUGCUUACAUUUGUUCGAACAGUGAUGAGGUAGCUAGAGCUUUGGCAAAGAGUACAGCAAAUUAUGACAUGGAUUGUGAAGAUGAGGAAUGGCUGAAGAAAUUUAAUAGUGAUUUUUUUGUUGAAUCUGAACCUCAAGAGCAUCUUUCAGAUGAGCGUUUUGAGCUGAUGAUCGAUGCAUUUGAGAGGGCUCUUUACAGUAGUCCAGAUGAUUUUGCUGAUGAAAAAGCAGCUGUAAAUAUUUGUAUAGACUUGGGUAGGAGGGAAGUAGUCGAAGCUGUGUAUGGUUAUUGGAUGAUAAAACGCAAGCUGAGACGAGGACCACUGCUUAGGGUAUUUCAGUUGUAUCAAGCAAAGAAGGCUCCACUUAUUCCGAAACCUGGAUUACGCAAGAGAAGGUCAUUCAAGCGACAGGCCAGCCAAAUUGGAAGAGGCAAGCAACCUAGUAUGUUGCAAGUAAUGGCUGCACAACAUGAUGCUUUUGAAGAACAGAAUGCUCUGCGUAAAGUAGAAGCUGCAAAGGCUUCAGCAAAAGAUUCAACGGAAGUGGCUAUUGUUAAACGCCGUCAAGCUCAGAUGCUUAUGGAAAAUGCUGAUUUGGCAGUUUACAGAGCUACAAUGGCAACAAGAAUUGCUGAAGCAGCAUGUUUGCCUACUGAAACUGAUAUUUCUGAGACACUCUUGCUGGAUUGACUUGUUUGGGUGUUACUAAUGAAAGGCCAGUCAAAUAUUAUGGGAAGAUUGGCAGCCUUUUUGGCCUUAUUUCUGGGAGCAGCCUUUGCAAAAAGUAAUGUAAUUUUGUAUAGAUUUUUGAUUGAAUGUACAUUUUGUAUUAUUAUAACCUCACACCAAAGGUUGUUACGAAGGAAUCUGGUUUAUUUA